GUGGUUAGGGAGACAGCCAUCUCCUUUAGCCGCAGCCGAAGCCACGUCAUAUUUGUGUGCUGCUAGAGAGCCGUGUUGCGCGAACCGUCGCUUACGCGUUUUUUACAUAGAAUUACGUUCCCGCGACUGCAAAUAUGAAUAUAUUUCGGCUCCUAGGCGACCUGUCGCAUCUCCUAGCCAUUAUUAUACUUCUCUUGAAGAUAUGGAAGACACGGAGCUGCGCCGGUAUCAGCGGCAAAUCACAGAUACUCUUCGCGAUUGUUUAUAUCAGUCGUUAUCUCGAUUUGGUAACUACGUUCAUCUCAGCAUAUAAUACGUUUAUGAAGAUCGUAUUUAUUGCAACAUCGCUCACUACGGUAUUCUUGAUGUAUGUCAGAUUCAAAGCUACGUACGAUCAUAAUCACGACACGUUCAGGAUCGAAUUCCUGAUUUUACCUGCAUUUGUAUUGGCGCUACUGAUCAAUCACGAACUGUCCUUUGUGGAGGUAUUAUGGACAUUCAGCAUUUACCUUGAAUCAGUGGCAAUAUUGCCACAAUUAUUCCUGGUGUCAAAAACAGGAGAAGCAGAGAGCAUCACCAGUCAUUAUCUAUUUGCACUAGGAUCAUAUAGAGGCCUGUAUCUGUUCAAUUGGGUUUACCGCUACUAUGCUGAAGAUCAUUAUGACCUGAUUGCCAUAGUUGCUGGAUUGGUACAGACGGUUCUAUAUUGUGACUUCUUCUACCUCUAUAUUACCAAAGUACUGAAAGGCAAGAAGCUACAAUUACCUGCUUAGCUUCAGUUCAGAGUAUUAUCCUCUUGUAUCGAAGUAACAUUCGAUUGCGUUUUUCUAUUGGUGUCGCCGAUAAUCCAAGGUCAAAUCUGGCGAACCUGGAGGCUCCAAGAGUACACACUUGCAAGUGUAUAUCUUUUGCUAAGUAUGAAGUGUCUCGCAGCAUCUUUCCUCCUUCCGUAAUACUUCCUUCUCUACCCCAUAUAUCCAUUCACCAGAUGAUGCUGCGUUUUCUUUCCACGUGUCGCAGGACAUUGUUUUAAGUUGCGUCUACUGUUUCGUACUUCAUUUGUAUCGUAUACAUUACUGUGAGACAUGAACAGGAUAUCUGUCAGUGCAUGCCUUCUACAUGUCAGUACAGUUUAACUUAUAAAUUCAUAAAAUUUUAGAUGACAUUAAUGGGGUUAAGACAAAAAAAUUAUGUAUAGAAACAGAGGAUUUUCAUUUAUAUUUACAGUUUAUAUUGUUGUAAUUUUCAGUAAGUAAAUAUAGUGAUAAUGGUACCAAU